AUGAGGAAAGCCAUUUUAGAACACCUGGGUCAGAUAUGUGUAGUAUGUACGGGUACUUUGACAAACAUGGCUAUUUUAAUAAAAACUUACCCAGAAUUGAAAUCAAAAAUUCGCUUCAUUUCUAUCAUGGGUAGUGGAAUAAAUAUUGGAAACUCAACGAAAUAUGCAGAAUUUAACAUUAAGUGUGACCCACAUGCAGCAAAGGAGGUGUUGACUGAUAAAGAUUUAAGCGGUAAGACAAUAUUGGCUCCAUUAAAUAUUACCCACACGGCAAUUGCAACUAAAGCUGUUAUAAAUGAAAUAUCCGGAGGGGUUGACGAAAUGAAACGCUCGCCCCUUAGAAAGCUAUUUUACGACACCAUAAUGUUUUUUGUUGACACAUAUAAUAAGUUACCAACGCUAAGGACCCCAGCAUUAGGGGGAUUGGGUAUGAUUUGUCGUAGUUAG